AUGCUUAUAUUAGAAAUCAAAGAGAUUGCCAAGAAGCUGACCGCUACUUGCGACAGAAAGCAGUAUAACUCGAUUAUUAAAUUGGUCAAUGAACUAGUGAUUCCCGAGGAUGUCACUCAGUUGAAAGAGGAGGAGACCGAAAGGAGCUUGAGGUUUUUGGUCAUGUCGUUAUUCCAAAUAUUCAAGAAGAUGUUUUCUCGUGAAGAUUUGACGCUUCCUUCAUCCAAAAAGGCUACUUUAGAGAAAGAACAAUUUGUUAAGUGGUGUAGAAAAGUUUAUGAAGCUUUCAAGACAAAACUGCUGAGCGUCAUUUCGGACAUACCAUUUGAAACUUCUCUUGGUUUAGAUUCUCUUGACGUCUACUUGCAACUGAUGGAUCUGGAAUCUACACAUCUUGCAUCUAAAAAGGACGCCCCAUUUUUCCCGAAUAAAACAUUGAGACAAUUAAUCAUUGCCCUAUGGUCCUCGAAUAUGAGUGAGGUAGAAGAUGCCAAGAGCUCUGGCGCGUCUGGAAAUGUAAUCCUGAUAGAAUUCACCGAAAAAUACUAUAAGAAAUUCGCAGAUAUCCAAUACUAUUUUCAGUCUGAAUUCAACCAACUUUUGGAAGACCCCACUUACCAGGAGUUGCUUUUAAAAAACGUUGGUAAAUGGUUGACUCUGGCGAACCACGAUGAGCAUUGUUCCAACGCGGAUGCAGAUUUAGAGAUUUUUGUACCAAACCCUCCACAAGCCGUCGAGAACGAGUCCAAAUUUAAGUCAAAUUUUGAGAAGAAUUGGUUAUCUCUAUUAAACAGCCAGUUGUCUCUACAACAGUAUAAAUCUAUCCUGCUAAUUUUGCAUAAGAGAAUAAUACCUCACUUCCACACCCCAACCAAACUGAUGGAUUUUCUGACUGACUCCUACAACUUGCGAAGCUCCAAUAACAACGCUGGUGUUAUCCCCAUCCUAGCUUUGAACGGCCUUUUCGAAUUAAUGAGAAGGUUCAACUUGGAAUACCCAAAUUUUUAUAUGAAGCUCUAUCAAAUUAUCAAUCCAGAUCUAAUGCAUGUUAAAUAUAGAGCAAGAUUCUUCAGACUAAUGGAUAUAUUUUUGUCGUCAACACAUUUAUCAGCCCAUUUAGUGGCCUCUUUCAUAAAGAGACUGGCAAGACUCACGCUUGAAUCGCCUCCUUCGGCUAUCGUUUCAGUGAUUCCUUUUGUUUACAAUUUAAUCAGGAAGCACCCAAACUGCAUGAUUAUGCUACACAAUCCGGCUUUCAUUUCUGACCCGUUCCAGACCCCCGAUCAAGUGGCUCACUUGAAAACCCUGAAAGAAAACUAUGUGGAUCCAUUCAAUGUUAACGAAUCAGACCCUGAAUUAACUCAUGCACUGGAGUCCUCUCUGUGGGAGCUAGCGUCACUAAUGGAACACUAUCAUCCCAACGUAGCCACAUUAGCGAAGGUCUUCGCUCAACCAUUCAAGAAAUUGAGUUAUAACAUGGAAGACUUCUUGGAUUGGAACUAUGACUCCUUACUCAGUGCAGAAUCUUCAAGAAAAUUAAAAACACUUCCCACACUAGAAUUCGAGGCUUUUGCUGGUGUUUUUGAUGACGAAGGGGGUGAUGACACUCAAUCGUCACAAGGUAACAUCUAUUUAGCAGGGGUUGCAUGGUGA